AGUCUAAAAAAAAAUAAAGAAAUUAUUUUCGAAUCUAUACAUACACUUCUUUAGGGUGAAAGCAGUUGAAGUCAAAACACAUAAUGAUUUGGUCGAAUAAAAGGUAGAAAUAGUAUUCAUUUAAGCAAAUGUGUAUGAAGACUCUUUGAAAGCAUAGAAAAUAAACAUGUAAAGAAAUAGCGGGAUUAUUUUGAUUCUGUUCAAGAUAGGUAACGAAAUAUACAACAUUCCUCAUGCCUCCAACACCGACCUAAGUGGAGCUCUUUUACACUGAAACUUUGAAAUGACCCUAUGAUAACAAAAGGCUACAAUUAAAAACUCACUGAGCCCAGGUACAACCAAAGUUUUACGACUGCCACUCUCAAAGGUUGUUAGAGUGUAGAUCCUUUGGAAAUAAAACCACAGAAGAUCAGUUGGAAGCGUAGAAUGUAACCACUUCCCAUCCACAGAAUUAUGCCGAACUCAGAAUUAUUGAUUUGGCUUGAUAUCUAUGCGAAGGAUACGAAAUAAUAAAAACAUUAAAUAAAGGUACAGGGCAAGUAUUUACAACAGUAUUUAAGUGCCCUGUAGCGCCUGCAAAGCGUCUCCCCAUGCUUGGACGCAGUAUUGUCAUCUCUUCUGGUCCUUUGAAAUUAGUAUCGUUGGGUGCAUUCAAUUUGAGUUUAAUAGAAUUCCACUAAAGUCGGUGCUAAGUGCCAUGAGGGUUGUUGUGAACAUUUCAUUACCUCUCAUCAACAGACUAAAUCAAACCAGCUUGACUAGAAUGAACUUCAGUCGAUAUAUAUACACCAUUGCGAAUAAUGUAGACAAAUGUGGGCUUUGAAACAACUGAAUACAUUUGACAUCCACUAUAACAUGGUAGAGCUCAACAAUUUCAGGAAACAGACUAAAGAUUGCAUUAUUUGUGUGAUACUGGUAGUACCUUCAUUUUAUGGAGAGCUCCGCAAAUUUCUGAUUGUCUAAAUACAUGAAUUUGUACUGCUUCAAGAUGUUUCAUCAACUCUUUAUCGUGGUGAAGAUCCAUUAGUUCACUCUUUAGCGGGAUUUUAAAAAUAGAAACACGCUACAGCAUAUAGUGGCUGAUUUGUGCCUUUUUUAUUUUGUUCUGUUGCAGCGAAACAAGACAAACGUCGUUAUGGCUCUCCCGUCAAACGUUACCCCGCAAAACAUCGCCCAACCUAACCUUGCCCCGACAGAGUUGUCCCGACGAACGUUGCUUUGCCAAAUAUCGUCCCGACAAACGUCGCCCAGCCGAAUAUCGCCUCAACAAACGUCCUCCACCGAACGACGCUCCGACAAAAGUUGUCUCGCCGAAGAUUGCCCAGCUGAAUAUCACCCUGACAAACGUCGACCUGCCAAACAUCGUAAUGGCGCCUCACCGAACGUUGUCCCGCUAAAUGUUGACCCGCCGAAUGUCGCCCCGACUAACAUCGCCUGCCAAACGUCGCCCCGCCAAACAUCGUCAUUUCGCCUUCAUGAAUGAUAUGAUACUAUUUAUUGAAUUGGAGAAAGGCAGUAAUAUUUUAACAGUUCUGGAAUAUUUGUCCCUGAUAAAUUGUAACCACCGGAAAUUACUCACUCCUUUAACCUUCAAUCAAUCAGUGAGACCGCCAGUGAUAUGAUAUAUAACUUAGAAAUUACAAGAAUUCGUGAAAAGUGAUAGACAGAUGGCAGUAUGCGUACGUGUGUGCGUGCAUGCGUGCCCGCCCGUCCUACUUUUGUCAAGAUUGUAAUUUUGUCGUGCAUUGGGAGAGUACCUAAUGCUUGCCUCAUUGAGAUGGAUUGUCGCGAGCAAACGCCAGAUUCCUAUUAGAAAGGUCAAUGUUACACUUGGGAGAGGGGGUUGAGCAAGGGUCGUCAGAUCAUAUCCGAUCACUAAUUUAAAAGUUAACACUCGUAGAGAAAUAUUUUUUUCAUUUUCUCAGCGAUGCAGGUAGUGUCAUCCAAAUCAUGCCCUUAAGUAAGGCGGGGCGACGAUUUGCUGGUUCAGUUAAAACUAUUUUAAAUUCAACUGAUAUUUUGAUAAUAUAAGUUUCAAAAUGAUAAAAGCUAUAAAACACCUCUUACAAUUACUUGAUACUUGUAAGCGCCAGCGAGUAUAAGUAUUUGCGAGUAUAAUAGUGGGAAUGUUUUGUUUUCGAAAUUUCCUUGAAUAUUUCUCCCCCUCCAAUCGGUGUCUUUCAAUUAACGUAUUUCAAUUUCCUUUAAAAUGUUUAUAUUGGGACUUCUUUUGGUGUAACCUGUUCACAACAGUGACGGUUUACCUUUUUCUUUAUCACUUCCUGCUUAAAGUUGUUCAAGGAUUGUGUAAUAAAGAAAACAAAAUGGCAUCUGCACCGCGGUUGCUAGUUGGAGCAAUAGACUUUGGAACGACAUUUUCUGGUUGGGCUUUCUCAUUCAAACAUGAUUAUGAAAGAGACCAUACGAAAGCAACUGUGAAAAUGUGGAAUUCAGGAACGCUCACAACCGAGAAGACUCCAACGUGUUUAUUAUAGAAACCAGAUGGUACUUUUGAGGCAUUUGGCUACGAUGCAGAAAGUAAAUACAGAGAACUUGCAGACAACAAUGAUCACAUGCAUUACUAUUUCUUCAGACAUUUCAAAAUGUCUCUCUUUAAACAGAUAGGAAGGGGAUUAAACAGGGAGAUGACACUAGUAGACGAAAUGGGGAAACUAUUUCCCGCUAUUGACGUAUUUGCUAUGUCCAUCGAAUAUUUGGUCAAUGAUAUGAUGCUUAUUGUGGAGCAACGAGUCACUGCACAGUUGAGACCUGAAGAAAUUCACUGGGUUAUAGCAGUACCAGCAAUCUGGUCUGACCCUGCAAAACAGUUAAUGAAAGAGGUGGCUUCAAAGGCAGGCAUAAAAAAGGAGCAACUGACAAUAGCCCUUGAACCAGAAGCCGCUUCAAUGUACUGUCGCCAUGUGCCUGUCGACACAGCUGUUGAUGCAGAUGAUGUUACCAUUGCUCAGUUUCCAGAAGGCACUAAAUACAUGAUACUGGACGCAGGAGGAGGGACGAUUGAUAUCACAGUCCACGAGGUACAAGAUGAAAACACCCUACGAGAGGUGGUAGCUGCUAACGGUGGCGGAUGGGGUGGAAUAAUGGUUGAUAAAGCAUUUGAAGAUUUCUUGAAGGAGCUUGCUGGUAAAGAUGUUUUCGAACAAUUCAAAGUGCAGGAGACAGAAGACUGGUUGUGUUUGCAGCGAGAAUUUGAGGUUAAGAAGAGAGAAAUAAGAAUAAAUUCCGCAAGGCGGAUACUUAUGCAUCUUCCAGCAUCGUUUGUCGAAUUGUGUGAGAAAGAAAGAAAACUCUGUUUCACUGAUAUAAUUGCAUUGACCAGAUAUGCAGAGUUAGUAGAAAUAAAACGGGACAAAAUCAAAAUAUCCAAGAUUGUAUUCUUCUAUUUGUUUGGAGAUCCCACAGAGAAAACUGUAAUGUAUGUGAAAAGAAUAUUGAACUAUAAUGAAACAAAAGAUAUAAAAGCAAUUCUGAUGGUGGGUGGGUUUUCUGAGUCACCGCUGUUGCAGCAUGCUGUCAAAGAAGCGUUUCCAGAAGAAAAGGUCCUUAUACCUUCAAAUCCAUCAUCAACAGUACUGAGAGGUGCAUUGAUGUUUGGUCAUAAUCCUGAAUGCAUAACUGAACGAAUUUUGAAAUAUACUUAUGGAGUCAAUACUACAAUGCCUUUCAAAGCAUGGCGACAUCCGAUAGAAAAAAAGAGUGGACACGGACGCUGGGGUCCGAUGUGAUGACAUUUUCAAAACAUUUGUAGAAAAGGGCCAGAAAGUAAAAGUAGGGGAAUUUCAGGCGAAGAACAUUUUCUCAACUGUUUACAAAAAGCAAAAGAAAGUAAGUUUUGACUUUUUUGUAUCCGAAAAAGUGAAUCCCCAUUAUAUAGAUGAAGAACAAUGUACUAAAAUUGGACAUCUAAAAAUAAGGUUCGACGAACCAGUGGAGAAAGUAGGACGAAUGGUCAAAGUUUUAAUGGCGUUUGGAGGGACUGAAAUUAUUGUAGAAGCAGAAGACAAAGAGACCGGAAACAAAACUGUAGUAACAUUGGACUUCUUGGGUUAAUACUUUCCACUAACCAAAACGGUUUUUGUUAAAGACCGAUGUUCAAUUCAAUUCAUAUUCUACAGAGAGGUCAUACAUUGUAAGUUUAGAAUAAUGCAUUUUUCAAAUAGGUGUAUACAGCUGUUUAAGAAUAACAGAUCGAAUGCCGUUUUCGUGAUUCAGGCACUCAUACUUUUCCUUGGGGUAGAUGUGUUUCAGUAGAAGUGAAAAUAAAUAAUAAUACAAGUAUAGAAAUGUAACAAAAUACUGUAAAAUACUGGGAAGGCUUUCACAAUUAUUAUAUUUUUUAAAAGAUUCCAGAUCGUAAUAAAAUUGUGUGACGAAGUAGUUAUUUUCUUGUGGACAACUGCCUUCCAAAAUGAAAGGCACCAAAUUUCAAAUGAAGAAUUAGUAUCAUCAAUGUUUUUUUUUCAACUCAAUUGCCUAAAAUCAGGUAAUCCAGUUUAUCUUUUACUUUAAAUUUAUGUAUUGUUAGCCAGAUUCAAAUCUUAAGAUUACUCUGUCAUUGAUUUAAUUAUUAAUUAUUAUAUGAUGCUCAGAAAUUACAGAGAAGCCGGUA